UGUAUCUCAGUCAGCGUGCUGGAAAAGCGAGCCAAGAGGGAGCAUAGUCACAGCCUAUGCUCACAGAAGAAAUCGUAUAAUUAAUUUAAUUUCCUAAAAAGUUAAAAGAAAAGAAUUAUCAAUUUUCUUAUCUUACAAGUUUCUCCUUCGAGAAUCUCCGGCAACUCAUUUGGUUAAGUCUGUCUACGACGCGUAUAAUCCGAAGAAUUUGUCUCAUUUCUCAGUAUAUUUCUUACUAGUUGAUACUGAGUCAACCCGGUUAUCCAUCAUCAUCUUAUGUGUAUGUAUUUGAGUUGCAUGUCGUGGAUUUUCCAUGGCAACACUGGUCGGAGCUGACGAAAAUUAUGAAGGAAAACUUGAGGACCUUGGUGUUAAGAAUGAUGACUCUUCUUUGCCUUCAAGAAAGCAGAUUGGCAACCCAGUUGUGUACAAGCUUGUCCGGGUUGAAGGAGAUGGGAGAUUAGUGCCUGCAACAGAUGAUGAAAUCAUGGAGGUCAAGGAUUUACUUGAAGAUGGCAAGAGUGUAAUGCAUAUUGUUACAGAGACUGGGCAGACGGUAGGGUGUAAUCCCAACGAAGUAUCGUCCUCUGGGAUGCCCCAUUUGGAGAAUUCAGAAGGUUUAUCACAAGCUGAGAAUACAGAAGCUAGUGCAGAAAAAUUAAAUGCGCGACUUGAGUACAUCGAGGAGAUCUUGCAAAAGGUCAAACAGGAAGAGAGGCUCCGCUUAGCACAUGGAUCUCCUGAUCAUUUUUCUGCUUAUAUGAAUGUAGACAGCAAGUGUUCUGAUCAGCUUGAUAAAUUGUCUGAUAUUGAUGAGAAGCUCCAAUCUGAAUUUCCCUUGCAGGAAAUUCUUCCUUCCUUAGCACGGAGUUCAGCCGGCAGUCAUUCUACUCAACCCAGUUGUGUUGGGGAGUGCUUUAACCAUGCAGAUGAACCAAGAGAAGGUGGACCAUCAACUUCUGGUGUCUAUGCUAGUUCAAAACCUGAUUUUUCUAAAGUACAAGGGGAAAUAUGUUUGGACAAUCUAUCAAUUAAAGAACUUCAUGAAACAUUUAAAGCAACCUUUGGACGAGAAACUACUGUCAAAGAUAAGCAAUGGCUUAAAAGAAGGAUUGCCAUGGGAUUGACUAAUUCUUGUGAUGUUUCAACCACAAGUUUUAUAAUUAAGGAUAACAAAUUGGUGAACAAAGGAAAGGAAGAAAGCUGUAACAAUGUGAAUGGUGCUGUAGCCGAGGACCAAGCUGAGGGGACCAGUAGUGACAAUUCCAAAGCUUCAGUAAAUGGUUCAAGUGAUAAAAUGGAGGACUGUCAGAAUGUUUUGGAGAAGAGAUUGGAAAACUAUGGAAUAGAUUUUGAGCAUGGAAGCGGAGAUGUUCACUUAGAAGAAAGAGCUGCAAAAAGAGUUAGAAAGCCCACAAGGAGAUAUAUCGAAGAACUUUCAGAAGCAGAACCAAAAGAUCACUGUGGGAAGUUAACUGCUUCAGGAAAAUUUUCAGGGGUUGGGCUAUUGACCCCAAAAUCUCAUGUCAGGCCUGUUAGAAAUGUCUUGUCAGAUGGAAGAACUGUUGUUACGAGGGUGGAGUCCCUUGGGGGAUCUGGGAUUCAGGUUCCAUGUGUUUGUCGGAUAAGAAGAAGCCGUCCAAGAAAAAAUAUUAUGGCUCUUAUGUCUACAUUCAUAAAGAAAGGCUUUGAUGUGCAUGCUCCUCAAUCAAAUAGCGAGACCAGCGACAGUGUUGUCAAAGUCAAAUCUACUUCCGCCCAGAUUCAGCAACCAUUUGUUGCUGAACCUGAUAAAAAUAGACAAAUCUCAGUAGUGGGCACAGUUGAGGGGCGCAAUGUGGGCUAUAGACAUGUAGAUUCAUCUGGAGAUACUUCAGAUGAUAAUGUAGCUACUGUGCCUACUUCCAAAGGUGGACUUAGAAGGAAGCAUCAUCAAGCUUGGACUCUCUCUGAGGUUAUGAAACUAGUCGAGGGUGUGUCUAGGUAUGGAGCUGGAAGGUGGUCUGAGAUCAAAAAACUUGCCUUUGCAUCUUAUUCAUAUCGUACCUCAGUGGAUCUUAAGGACAAGUGGCGGAACCUACUAAAAGCUAGCUUUGCUCAGGCACCUUCAGACAAAGGGGCAAAUUCUCGGAAACAUGCUUCGGUGCCUAUUCCUGCACCAAUUUUGUUACGAGUGAGGCAGCUUGCUGAGAUGCAGGCACAGGUUCCCCCAAAUGUUAGCUCGAGCAAGCUGGUUGAAGUCGGUGUGGGUGGUAGAAGUGUAGUUGAAAGUAGUAGGUCAGGUUACUUGUAGAACUGUAAAUAUUACAGGUUUUAGCUGUCUAAAUCUGGAAUAAAGGAUACUUCUCUUGUACUAUUUUUAAGAAAUUCCUGUGAGAUUUACAUACAUAGUGUAACUCUGAUUUCAAUUAGAAUAUGGACAUUCCGUUUGAGGAUUUUUUUU